AUGGCGAUCGACCCAGCGCUGCAGGCUUCCCUCGAGGCCAUGUUCGAGAAGCAGAAGCUUUGCAUUCGAGAAGUGGUACAGCAGGUGGUUCAGACGGCAGUGACAGGUCUGCAGGGGCAGAUCUCCACUCAGGGUGCCGAGCUGAAGGCCCUUCGUGCUGAUCUUCAAUCCCAAGGACUACGGCUUGCCGCCUUGGAGUCUGGUGGCAGUGUCGCAGGCAGUUCACGGUCUACAGGCAGUUUUCAGUCGUCUCCCGUGGGUGGCCCGCCCAUCCGCCAGUUCAACGGUGACAAGGCCAGGAAAGUUUCGCCAGUCAUCGACCUCGAGAGCGAUCCCUGCAUCCGCUUCGUGGGGACAUUUCCGAGGCCGCUCUUGAUGAAGACUCGCCAGGCGCACUGGAAGCAGAUGCAGGACCACUUCCCCGAGCUGAAGGUCUACAAGCUGAGGUUCGAGAACGACGACGACGCGAAGAGCUUCCAGACCAAGAUGAACGAUGUGAACAUGGAGUGGGUGGACUUCCGCGAAGGGAAGAAGUACCCGCUCAGGGUCAGGGGCGACUUGCCGCUCCACGCACGCCAGAAGAAUAGGGCUUUCCCUGGACUCUUUUGCGACGUGCUCACUAAGCUCCAGACCAGCCAGAAGUGGACAGGUGGCUCGAAGCUCGGUGUCAACGGGCACAAGGGAGUGUUGCAAGUGAUCACAGACGACGACGUCUACGAGUUAGCGCAGGCAGUGCCGCAGGGGGAGGACACCUUCAAGCUCGAGCCCAUCUACCACAGCCUGCUGCACUUCGAUAUCACGAAGGACCAGAUCGACUCCCUGAUCGCCGCUCUCUGA